GAGUAAAAUUGUUGGACUUUCAUAUCGAGUCGGCAGUUGUUUUUACACUUCUCUCGCGUUUAGUUGGCAAAUUUUAAAAUAAGUGAAUUAAUAGGAACGCCGACUUGCGGGAAAUAUACYUUUUCUAUUAUUACAUUGCUUACAUUUUAAAACAUUGUGAAUAUUMAAAGAUUUAAAAAUAAUAUAGUGUGACCUAUCAAGGGAUAUCGCACCUAUUUAAGUAGAGAAUAAAAAUUAUACAUAAAACCAAGGUCAGUGAAUAAGGUACGAAAUUGAAAGCAAGAUUUCGCUAAAACAGAGCAAAUAAAGGAACGUCAAARAAAUUUAUGUUCGAGUCAAAUUUCUGCAAAGACCGCUAAAAUUAGGAAACAAUAGGAAUUACGAAAUUSUUCUGCAUAAAAUAGUGAAGUAAAGUAUAUAAAUUUGUAACGCAGAUCAUAAUUGCUGCGGUGUACGUGUGCGCGCGGUUAUUAAUUUAGACUGUUUGGAAUUUUUGUAAAAAUUCCACGUGAAUGUCUUCACAAUCGUCGGCUCGUUAUUUGCCAAUAACCAAAAUGGACAAUCCCGCUUUGUCUGGGUCCAGUGGUGAUGUGGAGGCCGAUAGUAAUUCUGUGGAAGCUAGUCUACCCGCCACCUGUUCGUCGCAGCAAUUAAUGCCUCCAAAUUCAGACACGGAUAGCGUUGUUGUACAACCGCCAACUACCGGCAUCACGAGAACACAAUGGUUCACAGUGGUGGUGUUGUGCUUUGUGAAUUUAAUCAACUAUAUGGAUCGCUUUACUAUAGCAGGUGUUUUAACAGAUAUUCAAGCAGAUUUUAAAAUUGGUGACGAUGAUGGUGGUCUGCUACAGACCGCUUUUGUGCUCUCAUAUAUGGUUUGUGCGCCACUUUUUGGUUACCUCGGCGAUCGUUAUUCGCGUCGUUGGAUUAUGGCAAUCGGUGUUCUGUUAUGGUCGACAACAACGUUGCUUGGCUCAUUUAUGGGCGGCUUCGGUGGUUUCAUCACAUUCCGCGCGUUAGUGGGUAUAGGAGAAGCGUCGUACAGUACCAUAGCGCCCACCAUUAUCUCCGAUUUGUUCAUACACGAUUUGCGUUCGAAAAUGUUGGCGUUAUUCUAUUUCGCGAUUCCAGUUGGUUCAGGAUUUGGUUACAUUGUCGGCUCGGAGACUGCGCGCUUGGCCAAUAACUGGCGUUGGGCGCUCCGUGUCACACCCAUCUUGGGCAUUGUGGCCGUUGUGCUGAUUAUAUUGAUCAAAGAGCCCGAGCGUGGUGAGAGCGAAGGCUCACCACAUUUGGAACCCACCAGCUACACAGAGGAUAUUAAGGACUUGGUGAAGAAUCAUUCUUUUAUGCUUUCGACAGCCGGUUUCACUUGCGUUGCCUUCGUAACUGGCGCGCUCGCCUGGUGGGGACCUAAAUUCAUUUAUCUAGGCAUCAAAAUGCAGCCAGGCAACGAGGAGCUGUCGCUGAAUGACGUUUCGUUACGUUUUGGCGUUAUUACAAUGGUAGCUGGUCUAAUUGGCGUGCCACUCGGUCCAAUAGUGUCACGUGCGGUUGCCAGUUACAAGAACAACGCCGAUCCCUUGGUAUGCGCCUAUGGAUUAUUCUUUAGCUCAUUUUUCCUUGCUGCCGCGAUGCUGUUUGUCACAAAAUACGUGGUUCUGUCSUAUAUUUUAAUGUUCAUCGGUCAAUUAUUUUUGAAUCUAAAUUGGGCACUAGUGGCUGAUAUUUUACUGUAUGUUGUCGUGCCGACACGCCGUUCCACCGCCGAAGCCUUCCAAAUUCUGGUCUCGCAUGCAUUAGGUGAUGCUGGCAGUCCCUACUUCGUUGGCUUGCUCUCUGAAGGAAUCAAGCGACAUUUGCGAACCACUACCUCUCAAACUAGUGAGUUUAGUUUGGGUAUACCUAGCAUGUCACUGACUUUAGAAGACAGUAGUCAAAAUAUUACCGACAGUUUAUUGUCAAGUAAUGCCACAACAGAAAGCACGAAUCUCUUAGCGCAGGCUGCCAGCGUAGUAAGUGAAAAUGUCGCAACAUUGAUAGGGAAUGCCACAAGCUUAUUACAGCAAAAUGCCACCGAUUUCGUCAGUGAAUUACGUGAAGAAAAACUACUCGAAAUUAACUUGGAGGACACCGAUAUUAACAGUUUCAAAGCGCUGCAAUAUUCACUUUUUUCCACAAGUUUUAUUGAAGUUUUGGGUGCUGUUUUCUUCUUUUUAACUGCCAUCUACAUAUUGAAGGAUAAGCGUCGAGCAACGCGUUCMACACUUGUUUACGAAUUAAACGAUGUUAGCAAUACAGCUAAUAAAAUUAAACAAAUCGAUUUCGAAGAUUCCGAAUGUAUCGUCCUUUGUACUGAUAUUUCGCAAAUACAACGUGCUUAAGGAACAAAAUUAAUAGCAAAAGUUUAUUUGCGUCAAAAAAUAUUCAGAUUUGCCAUUAUUGGGCUUAAUCGCAGUCAAGCAGCUGAGCAGUGAAGUGCACUGCCAUUAAAUUAUGCUAAUGAAUAAUUGAUAUGCCAGUUAUCCAAACAGCCAGCCAAUCAACCCACAAGCAAUCGACAUAUAAGAACCACAUAACCCGCCUAAGYUGGGGAUGUGUUGCGCAGAAGGCAAACAUACAUACAUAUGACUGAAAUAUUAGUUUUAACUAAUUAUUUUGUAGUAGUAAUGAUGAUCAUAGAAUCAUGUGUGCCUCAAGAAGUGGAUGUGUUCCUAUUAGAAUCGUGUAAAUGGAUUAUAAUGCAAACAUCUAAUCAUUCAACAUCAAACAUACAUUAUGAAACGCAUGUACAUAUAUACAAAAAAUAAACAUUUAUCAUUAUCAUUUAGCAAACACCAUUAAUCGUUAAGAUGAUUCCUAUUGUGUAUUUAUUUGUAUUAUAAUUUUGAUAUUGUCAAAAUGUAAARGUUUGUUAAAUGCGCCACAUAAAAACAUAUCUCAUAUCACAUAUACAUAYGUGUGUGCAUGUUCAGUGGAUGCAUGGGCAUAGAUGAGCGCUGCGCGGUUAUGAGUGAAAAUUGCAUACGCCUGUGUAUGUGGUCGAAAGCUCAGUGAUAGAAAUCAUAAGAAUAACUAUAGAAAAAAACAAACACCAAUUUUUAAGUGCAAAUACAAAUUGUAUAUUUUUCUGAAUAGUAUUUAGUAAUUUUAACUUUUGGUUUAUUACAAUUUUAUACUCACGAAAACACUCAUUGUCCUGGGCGGUGCACAUGCUAAUUUUACCGCUUUAUGACAUACAUAUUACAUACAUAUGUAUAUACAUAUAUGUAUGUUAUUAUUAUUAUUUUUUUUAAUUUUUAAAUAUGUCUACGCAGACAGCAAGCAUUGUAUAAAGAGAAGUGUAGGUACUAAAUGCACAUUAGGUAUAUACACAAAUUAGUUAGCAUUACAAUAAUUAGAUAAAAACUAAUUUCUAAAUAAACUAGUGGAAUAAG